AUGGGGAUAACAACUUACAACAAAGAUACUCUGCGAGUUACUAACCAGUGGCCCUAUGCUGAAGUUUAUAGUGUUCGCCCAGAUCCCAAUGUCAAGUCCAGUCAACCCCAGCUACAGCGUCUCGCACUCAUUGUGGUCGAUAAUAACAGAAAGCGUCAUGAACUAACCUUUGCCUCUGAGUACCGUGCCGAAGUACUGACUGAUUUGCUGCGGUUUCGUGAUCGAUUCGGCGAACGACUCAAACCGUCCUCCAGAAUUGCUGCAAAUAAGCUGGGUUGGUCCGAACGUGUGAGUAGCGUGUUACUCUCACCCACACCAAUCUCCAUCGAUAAAAUCGAUUCAAUCACGGGCACCGUUUUGAAAAGCUAUCUGUAUCGGGAUAUGGAGUGUAUUGAUCGAGUGAGUCUUUUUGAUCCCCACCUAACCGCAUUCAUAUUGUCGGUGACGUUUACGAGCUGCAUUAGCGAUUUGCUUUCCUUAUUUUAUUGUCAUUUCUAA